AUGCUCUUACAACAAGAAAGCAACGACGGCACCCAUACCGACAACACCGGCACCAGCCAAGUUACCGUUGAAACCAGCAGCCAUACCAGAGUAGGUGGUGUUGGAAGAGUUGGCGGAGAUGAUGGAAGCGGUGGUGGAAGAAGAAGCGAUUUCGGAGGUAACGUUGGCGGUGGUGGCAACGGCGGCUUCAGUAGAAGAGGUGAUUGGAACAACAGUGGUUUCAGAAGUGACGAAUUCUGGCAAAGUAACGGAACCAGAGGUGACGAUGGUCUUGUUACCAACGGUGAAGGUGGCAGUCAAAGGACAGUAAGUGGUGUAAGAAGUGUAGGUAGCUUCGACGGUGAUGGUGGUAACGUUAGACAUUUUUAA